AUGCCUGCGUCACAAACAGGCAACUUCUUUGAGAGAAAUAUCAACAUGCCCCCUGGAUAUCAGAUACCGUUUUUGGGAGGUCCAGCUGGGAACAACUCUUUCGACCUGAAAGCUGUCUCUCCAUAUCAUCAAGCGCUCCUCGGCCGAGGAGGUCCAUUCUACCCGCAAUACCGACCAGGAGCAACCGAUGACCUGAUCAGAGUCGCCAAGGUGGCUACCCGGGAAAGCACCAGCGCGCUCAAGGCCUGGUUGAACGAGCAUCUUAAGAACCCGUAUCCCACGAAGGGUGAGAAGAUCAUGCUUGCUAUUGUAACCAAGAUGAGCCUCACGCAGGUUUCCACUUGGUUUGCCAACGCCAGGCGACGACUGAAGAAGGAUAAUAGGGUAAACUGGGCGUCCAAGGGGAAAUCUGACGAGGAGGGCGAGAGCGACGAGGAGGAGGGCGAGGGCUCUCUGCAGAAAAUCCGUUUGGACGACGAAGAUGAGAUAGAUCCUCCAACCGUAGAUGACAAUGAGGAUAUUGGACAUAGAGUAUCCAACUCAACGACAGAGCCGGUGGAUGAGCGCCUUGUGAAACAGUCAAACGACGACAAUAGAGCUGGUAGGCUCGCGGCGCACGCGGAAAAUGUGGUAAAGAAUGACACAGAACGCAAAUCAUUUCCAGCUAAUCUGGAAAGUAAAGAUAACGUUGAGUGUCAAAAACCCAAAAUAUGGUCUUUGGCAGAAACGGCGACAUCGGAAACGGGGAAAAAGCCGCAGUACACUGCUUGUCAUCCUGGAACACAAGUUGGCAAAUUCUGGGCAGAAUGGGCAUCAAGGAACGGACUGUACAUUCCCGUAUACCCUGCUCACGAUAUUCUAUAACAGAGCAUUUACUAUUUAAAACAGUGAAGGACACAUUUUUACAUCUUAUGCACUUUAAAAUACCAAAUUCCAUGGCGUGGGUCUACUUUUUGACGUUUAAACGUGGACUAAUUUGCUAGGAAAAUGCUAGGUAUAUGUUUGUUAGGCUACUUGUAAGACCAACGACUCUUACAGAACAUGUUAUGUUUUGUGUACAUAUGUGUAUAUAUAUUUUCGAUGAACAAUCUGUAAAUUCUUAUCACAAAAAAAUAUUUUGGUAAAAUAA